GUUCUCUCGGAAGACCCCAUAGUAACUCCGAGACGGGGGUUCACAUGUCACACAACGGAACCCUAAACAUUUCACGCGACGAUGUUGGGGAGGUUAGACGUGUGUUCAUCCUCAAGAAUGGAGGUAGUGAAACGGCGGGGUGUGAUGGGCAAGGGGUUGCGCCUCUAUCCCGAACGCCCUCCAUAAGCAACGCCACAACGCAACAUGGCGGCAGUGAUAGCGGGGGUAUUAAUGGGAAUUGUGACAGUGAUAACGUUAUAAAUGGGAUGCUGAGGGCGGGCGAGGAAGAUGUGGAUCCAACCAGUGAUUUGGGGGCUGACCUCCAGCACAUCGAGGAAUGGCUCAAAACGCGGAGUGACAGUUUGUCAAGCUUUGACUUUGACUCUGAGAUCAAGCCUUCAGAAAUUGACAUCAGUGACCUUUUUAAUCUCAAGAGUAGUGUGCAGUUCCACGUGGGUGGCCAGGACUAUGGGCUUGUAUUUUCCAAAGAUGGAGCAAGUGAUGCAGGUACAUCAAGUAAUGCAUUACCUAGCCAGUUUACGUUCCCAGAUAUGGGUGACAACCUUAGUGGAAGUGGGAGUCGCCGAAAUAGCUUCACCAAAAAGUUAGAAACGCUGAUGCAGGUAGACAAGGGUUUAUUCGAGGAGUUGCUUUUGACGGAUCAGAACAAGAAAUGUGGGGCCAAAAAGAUAGAAAAUAUGCCCUCAUUAUCAUCUGAAGAUAGAGGCCUGUUUGAAGAAUUGCUCUUACCGGGGGCUCAGGAAGAAUGGGCGAGGCAUGCCCAGGAAUUGCUCCUGGCUGUCACAAUGGAAAAGAAGGAAACGGUAGGUUCAGGAUCAGCCAUUGGAGAAGGCGAAUCUCUGCCGGAGCCAAUGGAAUGCAGUGACCCCCUGUCAUCAAGCACACAGGAUGCAAGCACAAGCCAGGAGUCCACCGACGAGCUCGACCUUAUGGUAAGGAACAUUCAGCCCAUCAAACUCAUGAGCCCACAGGAAAUUGAAAAUAUGGCAUCAAGGCCACUGGGUUUUGAUGAAACCCCAGUGAAGGCUGAGACCCAGAGGAACAGGGAGGUUACAAAUCAGAUUGAAGAAGAUUUUAAUUUUCAUCCUUUUGGGACACGAGGUUGCGAUGACAGCAGCACCUUGCCACAGGAUAUUCUUGCUAGUCCUAACAGUGAGGUUGACAGCAAGCUCUCAAGCAUAUUAGCAAUGGAUGCCUCAAACGAUACACUGGAGAUUGAGAGUUCAAGUGCAAGUGACAUGCUUGAGAACCUAAACAAAACUCCCCCAAAGCCAGAAAGGAGCAUAUCACCUGGAACAUUUUUAGUAAAACUGGAACCCAAAGAGAACCAAGUAUCUCAGGAUAAGACUACACCUAAUACUUUUUCUCUAAGUCAACAGACAUCAACUGUCAUGCCACCUCCACAAACCACUCUGUCAACUGCAACUUCACAUGCAUAUUCAACUUCUGUUCCUAUUUCAAUACUGGAUGUUAGUGACAUAAAUAAUAUUAUGUCUAGGACAGUGACUACCAACAGUAGUAACUUGAUACACACUCCUGUCAACAGUACAAUGGUAAAUCUUACUGCAGCAACUACAACUACUACCACAUCCAUCAAUAUGGCUCCAAAAGGGCUACUUAAAAUUCCUUCAGGUCUGGUUAGAGCAGAAUUAAAGAAGUUACCAGUUGGAAUGGUUCAGCUGCGAUUAGCAGCACCACCAGUUUCAUCUUCAGCUACUGUUGUGCCCACCAGUGCUACUCCAACAACAACAGCAGGUGGGGCACAGUUGCCAAGACCAGCUUUCAUUCUGAGACCCCUUAUUACACCAGGACAACAGAUCCAGCAACAGGCACCCCAGCCAAACAGUAUGGCACCCAAGACUAUUGGGGUCCCAAAAGAAAGUACUCCAUUAACUCUGACUCCAUUGAAGGUAGUUGCAGUACAGCCUCCAAACAAGCCUGGUACUGCUAAUGUAACAAUUACUGUAGAUCGUAAAGCAAAUCUCACAACAGUCAACAUUGUUUCAUCAAAUAAGAAACACACUGUCUUCAAGAUUAAUACCUGUGAUUUAGUUAGAGCUGUUUCAAGUAUUCAGGAGCUACACCUGGAACCACUGGGACUCACUCCACAACAGUUGCUGCGCUCAGCACACACAGCGCAUAGAUUAAUUCAAGAAGUACAUCAGGGGACAGCCCGCCAGGCUAAGUCUGGAGGGAAAGAUGGUAGUUCUGGGCCUCAAAACUUUGAGAUUAACCAGGUCCUUCAGGAGGUUAAGGCUCCCAUAUCAAGAAUGCAGCAGGGACCACUUGCAUUAUUGAGACAAGCUGCUGCAACUGCUAGAUCUACUCCUGUUACAAGUGCUUUGAGUCCAAAUACAAGUAGUGCUAUUGUCACAUGUAACAGUGUAGGGUCAUCUUUAAUAGGAACAGCACCAGUUUUUGUAACUACUUCAGCCUCAGGGCUAACAGGAAAACCCCCAAUUACAUCAGGAGCUGUCUUAACAACUGCCAAAGGGAUACAGACCAGUUUAGCUACACAGAAAACCCAGAUGGAUUCUUCACCACCAUCUACUAGUUCAGAUGGCAGAGGUUCACGCUUACCUGUCAUCACCUCACCUGACAAAUCACAGUUGAAAAACGAAGGCGUGGGGCUUUCUCUGCGACCUGGUGCUCCACCUACCAUGGUCUCGGUCCCUUCUGUCUUAGACACGCUGUCUGCCUCAUCUUUAGUGUCUGGAGACCUUCUUCAGACCUCUGCACAUUCUCCUUCCUCAUCAACAACUACACAGAAUGAUGAAGAUGUUAAUGAUGAAAACCCUGAAAUGUGUAUAGUUUCAGAUGAGGUUGCAGACAAGGCUUUGGAAGAAUUAGGUAUUCAUAUAGAUUCACUGCAGUGUGAACCUUCGCCACAAGGUGGGAAGCGUUGGCUCUGUCCAAUAAAAGGUUGCUGUAAACAUUUCCCCAAGCUUUCAUCAUUAAAGGUACAUCUUUUAAGUCACAAUGGAAUCCGACCUUAUAAAUGCAGCUAUGAAAAUUGUGAUUGGGCUUUUUACACAUGGUAUAAGCUGAAAAGACAUAUUGAAACACAUCUUAAGAGAAGAGAUUUUGCAUGCUCCGAACCUAACUGCAAUAGAAGGUUCACUACUGUGUACAACCUCAACACACAUCUUCGAUUACAUCAAAGACCAAAGUGCUGGAUGUGUUCACUGCCAGAAUGUACAAAAGCAUUUCAUACAAGGAGAGAGUUAGAGGUCCAUAUGAAGACCCACAAAGAUGUAGAGGCUCCAUAUAAAUGUGGAGUUGAUGGCUGCAGUAAAUCAUACUUCACGCCAAAUUCCCUAACCUCACACAUGCGCAGUCAUCACAAGGAAGAAGAACUGCGAUGCCAGUGGACAGGAUGCGGGAAGAAGUUUGAUAAACCGUGUAGACUAAAGGCUCACAUGAGGGUACACACUGGCCAGAGACCAUUUGUGUGUACAUAUGAGGGCUGUAAUUGGUCUUUCCAAAGUGCAAGUAAACUGAGUCGCCACCAGCGGAAGCAUACAAAUGACAGAAAAUUCACCUGUACCAUAUGUCAAAAGUCAUUUUUGCGAUCAGAACACUUAAAGGGCCAUCUCCUCAUCCACACUGGUGUCAGGAAUUUCCAGUGUCCUGUUGAACAUUGCAAUGCAAAAUUUACAGCAAAGAGCAGUUUGUACGUCCACCUGAAGAAGCAUGAAGGGAAAACCAAAGAGAACAAUAAUAAAGUAACUUAUCACUGCCCUAUUGAUACCUGUGACAAGAGUUAUAAUUCUAAGUUCAACCUCCGUCAGCACAUGCUGAAGAACCACACCAUUCUGACAACAGAUACAAGUCAAUUGGAUUAUAUAACGCUACUAGGGGAAAAGGACCUCAUGAUGGACCACCUUCUGCCACUGACCGCUGGUGGUUCCACGUCAGCCUCUGCAACUCUUGACCCCAAUGUUCCAGCCUCAUCACUGGCACCAUCUUCUCAUGCAGGGGACACCCAUGCCACAUUGCUUUCAAGUAUUGAGCUCAUUAAUGGGGACAUUGGCGCAGAUGGUACUAACAUUCCACCCAUUAUCGUGAUGGAAGGGAGAGCUGCAGCAGAAGCCAUCGAAGGCAUGGAUGUUGGUAUGCCAGACUCGCUUAUGGGUAAUACAGCUGUAGGGAAUGGGGAAAGUGAAGUAGAGUCCCUUGAUAUGCCAACUAUAUCAAAAGAUUCAGUGCCAGGGUCUGGAGGCUCUGCAAGAACUGACGUCCUUGGUAACAUACUCCGUUCACGUAGAGCAAGAAAAAGACAGCAGUUGAAUUUAGCAAAGAAAAUGGCAGAACUUGGAUGUCAUAUAUCAGGUACUGAUGGUGUCGUGAGUUUCACCAAUGAUGUAGUGUUAUCAGCAUCAGCAGUUACCUUACCAGCUACUUCACAUCUUCAGUCAACUUUAUUACAAGAUGAUGCGGUUACUAGUGAGUUGUACCAAGAAACGCUAAUGGGACAUGAUCUGCUCUCUGACCCUACUACAGAUCCACAGUCAACUAUCAAUCUCCGUGACCUGGAAAGUCAUGGUCAUCACUUCAAAGGCCAGCAAAAAAAUGGCGCAUCUGGUGAAGGCUGGGCUACGCUAUUGGUGUGUCCUAUUCAAAGGCGUCAGUAGAUGAGUACUCCAUUACUCCAAAUACUUGUCUUUGGGUCUUGGGCUCGAAUGUAUAUGCCCAGUACUGAAGACAGAGAGAGGGGGUAAAAAUAAUGAUGUUAGUAAUAGUGACGUAGAGGAAAGAAGAGGCUGGCGGAGAGAGGGAGAUAACAUAGCAACUAAAUUUGUCUGGAGUAUUGCCAAUGGCCCGAGUUAUGAAAGUAUGGUCCAAUAUAACCAUGAACAAGUCGUGUGAGGAUGUGAACUCCUGGUCUUGGUCGAAUGGCUUUUCCCCUCCCAUUGAGAAGUGACCUUACUGAAUUGUUAACUGGGGAAGGAUGACCAAAUGGUACAUACAUGCUGGUCUGGUAUUUAGGAUUGCAACUCUCUUGUCCCCCCCCCCCCCUCACAGGGCGUUUGACCUACCAAUAAGUUUGCCAUUGGUGACAACAGUGUGUCCUGUGGAGACGAGAACCCUGCAGAUUUAACGAUGUCGUGUCCAUCCUGCGCCUCAUUGGUCCCCUAUUCCAGCAAUAUCGGCAACCUGAUCCAUACUCAGCCAAGUCAGUCACCUGGUCUUGUUUUCUUGUGAGGACAAGGACACCACAGAGUUCCUUCCCAACAGCAGAGCAGCCCCUUCUCCUGAUGUUCAUGUUGACUUUUGUAGUUACAGUAGUAACAACAACUAAGGGCGGGGGGGGGGGGGGCAUUUGAAGAAACGAAGAAUGCAGCCUGGGCGGCCAUAGACAUCAAUGCCAAAAUGUUGCAACCCAGAAGAAGAAGAGGCUUUGCCCAUGGUACUAGCCCCCACGCCAACUCAGGGGUCGACUUUCCCUCCUUAGCUAGACUUUCAAAGGACGAGCCAAAACCUCAACCCAAGAGAGAGAGAAAAAAACAAAAAAAUCUAAACAUGUUUAGGUAACGGUGGCGAAUGAGUUUCUUUCCUUUGACCAAACCUCUCGUGAGCCUCAAAAAUCACAGAUACGGUGGUGAUUGUCUUGAAUGUAAUUAAUUCAGAGCAGUGUGAUAUCACCCAACCUAAGCAUAUCACAGUGGAGUAUUGGUAACUUCUCAAAGAGUGUCGUUUCUGUACGCUUAUGUAAUCCUGUGUAAAUGCACAUGAUAAUGAAAAAUUAUGUACUUUGUGCAUAUUUUAUUUAUCACCGAUAGAAAUAUGAUAUAUCAUUUUAUUCUACUUAAGCAAGUUGUUAAACUUAUAUUCUAUUAAUUGUUGGUCUCACAGAACGAUAACAGUGCAGAUCUACAGUGAAA